AUCAACGAAUACAUCCCUUUUUUGAAUGCCGCCGCAUUGAACCAAUAAACGAAGUUGCAAAAUUUAUUUAUUCAGAAACAGAAGAAGUAUCUUCGUUGUGGAGGAGCGGUUGUCUGUCUGUGUUCCUGAUGGUUUUUGGCGGUGUGACUGUGAGAAAUAAACUCUUUAAAAUUAAUUAAAACCGCCCAUAUUACAUCGAAGAAAAGUACCGACAACGUGUAUAGUUCUACAGUGUCACGUUUUUUCUCGUUAAAAUCAAAGUACUAUGGCACAAAAAUUGAGUAAAAAAGGCCGAAAUCCUGGUGCUGUCGACAACUGGCUCGAAGCUUUGGGUUAUUAUAGAAAAAAUGUUGCAUACGAUGAAACUUGCUUAUUUAGAGCUGUAUCUGAACAGCUAUUCAACAUUCAAAUAUAUCAUGAAAGGGUGAGAAUUGACUGCAUUAAUUAUGCUAAAAAGAAUUUAGAUGAAUUUCUGGAAUUUGUUGAAACAAAAGAAGAAUUAGUUGACCACAUCGAAAAAUUAGAAAAACAUAUGAUUAUAUGUGGCAAUUUAGAAAUUCAAAUGUUGUCUAGAAAAUAUAAAUGUAAUAUCACAAUCUUCGAUGCAUCUCGUCAGCAGGCCGACCAUAUCAUCAAAAAAGGAAAUACUAAAGUGAUAUUAUUGUGUUUAAUGAACGAAGAUCAUUAUGAUGCAGUUUAUCAACGAGAACAUAUAGUUACUGCUGGUUUUUGUCAAUCAAUCGUUUAUAAACUCUUGUACGAAAAUGUAUUUGAUAUACAAAAUGUAGAUGACAUAGUACAGGGCAUGCUUUAUGAUAAAACUUAUAUUACAACUCAGGCUGAUUUGUUGUUAGAUGAGAAACUACAGGAACAUGAGGAAGCAGAAGGGGAGAAGGAUCUUGAUGAUCAUAAGGAAAGUGUUGUUAGUUUACCAUUGAAUAUAGCACCAUUUCCCUUCAAAGUUGCAAAAGCACUUGAUCCCUCAAUUUAUCGAAACAUUGAAUAUGAUUCAUGGACUGAAGUAAGGAGAGAAAUGAGGCUGGGUGAUUGGUACUAUGGAGAUGAUAAAUUGAUACUUGGGACAAGAUGCUUAUUCAACGAUAAAGAUGAAACUUAUGAUUGUUAUAUUCAAGACAUAAUAAAAAAUGAAAAUAAAUGUGUUGUUUAUAUAACGAAGCUUGCACAGAAAAAAGUUGUAAAUUACAGUGACUUAUCACCUGAAAACGAUGCUAAACCAUGGCCACUGCCUUACAGGUUCUCAAAAAAUUUAAAUAUAUCUGCUACAACUACCAUACUUUCGUUGGAUAAAAUCAAGUCCCAUAGGAGAAAAAAGGAUAAAAACCAAAUAAAAAAUGAAAGUCCAUCCAGUAAUCCGGGUUCAGAUUCUUUAGAACAUAAUGUAACUGCUUAUGUUGGAGCGCCUCUGCAGAUGCAAAGUCCUCAAAAUGCACAAGAAGAAAAUCAGGAUGUUAUAAACGAAGCCAAUUUAGAUCUUAUCAAUCAAGAUGCACAGUGUAAUACUCCUCAAAGAUAUCAGUGGGAAGCACCUUAUUAUUCUUAUCCAGGUAUGAUGACACCUGUGAUUCAAGAACCAUUUAGUUGGCCUCCUACUCCUGUUAGUCCUGGUGUAUUCAAUUUUAAUGUUCGUCCAGUUAUGACGCCUGUUGCUACAACUCCAAAUGGGAUGCAUUAUUGUGAUGUAAACCAGUCACCAAUCUACAACUAUCCAGUGGACCCAUAUCACUAUGCAUACCAGCCAUGGACACAAAUGCCAGAAUCCCAACAAAGCCCCACUUCUCCUCAUCCACAAGUAACUUUGGAUGUGAAUAAUAACAAAGAAACAACGCCGACUCAAAAAUCACAAACAACUGAAACAAACGCGCAAUAUGUAUCUUAUCAUGAAAAUUCUGACUAUACAUCUCUGGAACAACCCGUAGUUUGUUCAUCUGUACCUAGAGUCAAUCCUCAAAUGGGAAUGUAUUCACCUAUUAUUCCGGUACCACCAGGCACUCCAGUUAUAUACAGUCCUACAGCAGAAAUAAUAGUACCAACAACUCCUUUACACAUGUAUACUCCUUCUGUAGAAGUACCCUAUAUAGUACCUGAGCAAUACUCUUACCCUUCUACCCCUAAUGCAGCUUGGUAUCCAGUUGGGGUGAAUGCCCAGGGAUUCAUUUUUCCUACUCAAACUGUUGCUAAGCAUCAGUAGGCUAUAACUUAAUAUUAAUUAUAUUGAGCAACUUCCAAUUGCUAAAAACCCUCAUUUAAAAUUUUGAUGCUAUUUUUAUACAAAUUAUAUUUUUACAUGAAUUAAUCUAUCAAAUAGAUUAUAAACUUGAACAGUUGAAAAAAAGAGUUCAUAAUUCAAGAAUGAUUUGCUAUCUGAAUUUAUAUAUGAAAUUAUUAUUAUGGAUUAUAACUUGAUAGGAAAUCAUUUUUCUAGUUGAAAAACUGUUCCUUCAGUUAGCAAUAAUUUAAUUUUGAAAGUUAAAGAUACUUAUUCCUAGUAUUGUGAUAGUCAUCAUUUUGUUACUCAUGUUUAUAGUUCCUUCCAUUAAAUAUUUAAGAAAUGAAAUUAAUCUCAAUGUUAUUCAGGAGAAAACGUUUAUUUUUUUAGAAUUAUUUUCAGUUGAAUCAUUCAAAGUAGAGGAAAUUUGUUAUAUUAUUAUUUUGUGUCCUUUAUAUUUGUUCAUUGUUUUAAGUGUUAAAUAUUGAAAAUCCUAGAAUGUAUUACAAUGAUGUGAUAUUUCUUGUUAUUAUUUUUUACGAGAAUGUUAAUUUACUUUAUAUUUAUUUUAUACUGAAGAACUUGAUUAAAAUCAGACAUACUGAAAAAAUAUAUCUGAGAAAUUUAAA